AUGGAUGCUACCUUUUUCAGGAUCGCCUCGGCAGUAACAGUAACUAAAGCGUCGGCCAUUUUCAAAUUUCAAUGGUGUGUAUUGAGUAUUCUCAAAAAUCUUCAAACAGGUGGUGAGACAGUUUCAGAGCCCGAUGCUGUAGAAGAGCCCUUGAUCACUGGUAUGGAAACCUUUUCUGUUAAUUACAAGAUAUUUGAUAUCGACAGUAAUGCAACUUUGAACAUUCUAAGUUCUGGAAACUACAAGAAUUAUCAAGCCAUGCAUCAAUUUCGACUAGGAAGACUCUCAAUACAAGGAUUAUGGUUAUAUUGUCAGCCAAUGAUGGGAUCAAUGCAAGCAUUAUCAACAGUAAUAAGAAAGGCAUCAGCAAGUAAUUUUGUAGGUUCUGCAGUUCUUAACCUUUUACAGAGUCAGGCCAAGAUUAUGGCUGGUAACUAUUUGGUGAGAUCAUUGCUUGAGAAGAUGAUAGAGUCCGCAAAUUCUGCUUAUCUUGGCAUACUUGAAAGGUGGGUGUAUGAAGGAGUUAUUGAUGAUCCUCAUGAUGAGUUCUUCAUUGCUGAGAACAAAUCUCUCCAAAAAGAGAGUCUGACCGAAGAUUAUGAUGCUAUGUAUUGGAGACAAAGAUACAGUCUGAAAGAUGAUAUCCCUUUUUUCCUUGCAAAUUCAGCUGAAACCAUUUUAACAACAGGGAAAUCUUUGAAUGUCAUGAGAGAAUGUGGCCACACUGUUCAGGUGCCUGCAUUGGAGAAUUCAAAAUUGAUGAACUUUGGGUCGAAUGAUCAUUAUCUUGAAUGCAUUAAAUCUGCUUAUGAUUUUGCUAGUGGCGAAUUACUAAAUCUCAUGAAGGACACGUAUGACCUGAUUGCAAAGCUGCGUUCUAUUAAGCAUUAUCUUCUUCUGGAUCAGGGUGAUUUCUUGGUUCAUUUUAUGGAUAUUGCACGUGAUGAACUUGAUAAAACACCAAAUGAGAUCUCUGUUGAGAAGCUUCAGUCUCUGUUGGACCUUGCAUUGCGUUCCACAGCAGCUGCAGCAGAUCCUUUGAAUGAAGAUGUCACAUGUUAUGUGGACAUAGGUUCUUUGUUAAAGAGACUGAGCAUUCUGAAAGAUCUUCAAACAGGUGGAGGUGGUGGUGAGACAGUUUCAGAGGCUGAUGUUGUAGAGGAGCCCUUGAUCACUAGUAUGGAAACCUUCCCUGUUAAUUACAAGGUUCAAUGGCCAUUAUCUCUUGUGAUAUCAAGAAAAGCUCUGACAAAAUAUCAAUUAAUUUUUCGAUUUCUGUUUCAUUGCAAACAUGUUCACAGACAGCUUUGUGCAGCUUGGCAACUACAUCAAGGUGCACGUGCACGUGAUAUGCAUGGAACAGCAAUCUCUACAUCAUCAAUACUCUGCAGGAAUAUGCUUAAAUUUAUAUAUAGCCUUCUACAUUAUCUAACCUUUGAGGGGCUGUUUCUUUUUGACUUGAGGAAAUGGAAGUAA